AUGGAUUCAUUCCGGACUCUCGCUGGGAUCCUCCUCUCUGCUGCGGCGGUAGAAGGACUGGUGAGGCCGGGUGGUGUGGGCCGCGUCCCCGCCCUAGGCUGGAACUCCUGGAACGCCUUCGCCUGCGACAUUAACGCCACCAAGGUGCUGACUGCCGCGCGGCAGGUCCUGGACCUGGGCUUGAAGGAUCUGGGAUAUGAGUAUAUUAAUAUCGACGACUGCUGGUCCAUCAAAAGCCAACGAGACCCCGUCACGAAACGCAUGAUUCCCGACCCGAUCAAGUUCCCCGACGGUAUCUCCGGCGUCGCAGAUGAGAUCCAUCGGUUGGGACUGAAGGUGGGGAUCUAUAGUAGCGCCGGGACCGAAACCUGCGCCGGCUAUCCCGCCAGCCUAGGCUACGAGCGCAUCGACGCCCAGACCUUCGCCGACUGGGGGAUUGACUAUUUGAAAUACGACAACUGCGGCGUCCCCUCCAACUGGACCGACCUCUACACCUACUGCGUCCCCGACUUCACCAACGGCAACCACUUCCCGAACGGCAGCUGUCCGGACCUCGAGAUGCCGGCGCCGGAAGGGUACGACUGGCGGGAAUCGAAUACGGCGCGUCGGUACCGGAGGAUGCGCGAUGCGCUGCUGUCCGUGAACCGCACGAUUGCGUAUUCCCUGUGCGUCUGGGGUCAAGGCGAUGUUGGGACCUGGGGCAAUGAGACGGGGAAUUCGUGGAGGAUUAGUGGGGAUAUUACUCCAAGCUGGACGCGCAUCGCCGACCUCGCGAACCAGAAUACCUUCCUCCUCAACGACGCCGACUUCUGGGGCUAUCCGGACCCGGACAUGCUAGAGGUCGGAAACGGGAACCUGACGGUAGCCGAGAACAGGGCGCAUUUCGCGCUGUGGGCGGUCAUGAAGGCGCCGUUGAUUAUUGGGACGCCGCUCGACAAAAUCUCCCCAGAACAUGUGGCUAUUCUCAAAAACAAAUACCUGAUCGACUUCAACCAAGACCCCGUGGUCGGGCGGCCCGCGUACCCGUUCAAAUGGGGGUACAACGCAGACUGGACCUUCGACCCGCUUCAUCCGGCGGAGUACUGGUCCGGGGACUCGUAUAAUCUGGGCGGAACGCUGGUUCUGAUGCUGAAUAGUGAAGAGGAGACGGGGCUGCGGAGGGCGCGGUGGAGCGAGGUUCCGGAGUUGGAGGUCUCGAAGGAUGAGAAGGGGGAGGGUGGGGAGGAGGUCGGGUUUGAGGUGAUUGAUAUUUGGUCCGGGGAGAAUUUGGGGUGUGUGAGGGGGGGGAUUGCGAGGGAGGUGCAGGGGCAUGAUGUUGUUGGGUUUGUGGUUAUGAGGAGGUGUUAGUUUAUGGGUUUGUUUUAUUUGGGGAUAGGGUUGGAGAUGGAUGGAUGAAAAAGGCAAUCAAAUGCUAU